UAAACCUCUUCUCACACGACCAGCACUAGUACAUAUUUGCACUCUUUACUAUAUCGAAUUUUCUAUUUUUGAGCUAGAUAUCUUUUUUGGUUUAUUCUAAUUAAUUAUACAUUUUCUUAAUUUUGUUCUUGGAGCUUCAUUUUGCGCUCCUUCACUAAGCUAGCAUAGCUCAGUUCUUGCUUGGUAGAGCGCCAACAUGUUUGCAGGCCUCUCAUGGACGGCCGCCGCCGCAGCUCUCCUGCUCGCACUGCCUGCUUCUGCUGAUUCCUUGUACACAAAAUCCUCACCCGUGCUUCGUGUUGAUGCGAAAAAUUACGAUCAACUCAUUGCCAGAUCUAACCACACCUCUAUUAUAGAAUUCUACGCACCCUGGUGUGGACAUUGCCAGAACCUCAAACCCGCAUACGAAAAAGCUGCGCGCAACCUCCAAGGUCUCGCAAAGGUAGCAGCAGUGAACUGCGACGAUGAAUCGAAUCAGGCAUUUUGCGGAAGCAUGGGAAUCCAAGGUUUCCCCUCCCUAAAGAUUGUGGUGCCAUCAAAGAAGGCUGGCCGACCGUCAGUCGAAGACUACAUGGGCGCACGAAGCGCCAAGGCCAUCGUGGACGCCGUCGUGGAUCGGAUACCCAACCAUGUGAAGAGAAUAGGCGACAAGUCAUUGGACAGCUGGCUCAAGGAGGGCAACUCAUCCGCAAAGGCCAUAUUAUUUACAGAAAAAGGCACCACCAGCGCUCUAAUCCGAGCUCUGGCCGUCGACUUCCUGGGCAACAUUAAUUUUGCGCAGAUUCGAAACAAGGGAAAGGGCGCAGUAUCCACCUUUGGGGUGUCCUCUUUCCCUACCCUUGUUCUUCUCCCCGGCGGAGAACAAGAUGCCAUCGUAUACAACGGCGAGAUGAAAAAGGGCCCUAUAACUGAAUUCCUGAGCCAGAUUGCCCAGCCGAAUCCGGACCCUGCUCCAAAGAAAGCCAAGGCUUCGAACAAAGCCAAAGACGAGAGCAAAGCGAAAAAGAAGGCCUCUGAGGACUCCGCCGCGUAUUCAUCCGCAUCGGCAUCGCACCUUGCCGAUGAAGUCGCAGGAGCCACGUCCAUUACCCUGGAAGAGAGCAGUGUGCCAACAGAGUCUCCCGAACCGGGCGCGGCUCCCAGUGAUGCUCCCAAGCCAGUAGACGUCCCAGACGCUCCAGAGCCUCUCCCUACACUUGAAACGUCAGAGCAAUUGCGAAAGGCUUGUCUGGGGCCCAAGACCGGCACGUGCAUCUUGGCUCUGGUGCCUGCUGUCAAGGAUUCCGAGACCGUCUUGCCCGAAGCCGCAACAGUCGCUCUCGGAAGCUUGUCCGAAGUAGCGCACAAGCACAAGCAGAGACACGGGCAUUUGUUUCCCUUUUAUGCGCUGCCCGUUGACAAUGCGGACGCAGUGAGAGUCAGGGAUGCCCUCUCAGUAAACACCGACAGCGAUGUUGAACUUAUCGCGCUCAACGGACGACGGUCUUGGUUCCGCCGAUAUGUCGGCGAGGGCUAUGGCCAUGAAGAGGUCGAGAAGUGGGUAGACGCCAUUCGUCUCGGAGAAGGCAAGAAGGAAAAAUUACCCGAGGGACUGGUAGAGACUGAAGAACAGCCCGAGACUCACGACGAGCUGUGAGGAGUGAAAGAGGAGCGGUUAUAUAGGCUUUGGUUAUAUUUUUUUAGCAUUGAUCAUUUAUUAGGCAUUUAUUGUUUAUUCCGAGCUUGGUUGUCAUAUUACAUCUAGUUCAUUCAUUGACGCAUUGGUUCUGCAUGUCUCCUCGAAAAAUAACCUCAAUCUUCCUCUGUGCUGUAAAAAAGGCAGUAGUGCUAUCGAGCUACCAACCAUGCUGCAUAGAGUAACAUAAAAUCUACAUUGAAAUCAUACAAAUAUACAUAAGUAACAUUUUGACAUGAGGG